AUGAAAUCGAUCUUGUCAAACUUGUCAAGCCGUCUAAAAAUUAAAAGAAAGCCUGCCGUUGCUCCGUGCGAUUGUAGGGAUUAUUUCGAAGUGGUUGAAUCACCCCCAAAGGUUGAGGAGCUGAGGUCUUUUGUUCAAUCUUCUCGAUUCAAAGGGUAUGUGGACAAAAACGCUGUAGCUGAAGUGCAGCGCACGCAUGGCGUUCACAGCUUGGCGUUUGAUCUCCAAUACCGCUGUGGUGGCGAAGGGCGGUGCAUCUGCGCGGAUGCUCCAUCCUGCCGAUUUCCGAUAUGUUUCACGAUGCGCCCCAUUACGAAAGGCGCGGAGAUCCAAUCCGAGAGGUACGCUUUUGAAUCGAAGGAAACGACGAAUCCAGCGAUACGUGCCUUGGUGGAAAUCGCACGACAGGAGCAACUCGAAAAAGCGGCGGAGGGGAUUAAGCGUUUCGUUGAUACUCAGAUAAAGCAAGCCGCUGGUGGAAGGACGUUGAGCACCGCACUGAGUAUCGAAAGCGAUUUAUCCGAAGGCUUCAUCCCUGGCGCUUCCAGAACAGGCUCGGGGAGUUCUCAUUCGGGGGUGAACCCGCUUAGUGAAAGCGAAGAACUCCGAGAGGAGGUUGUUUCUUUAUAUCUGUGGAGGGCCGCUCUGCUGGUGAACCUGCGCUGUGAUGAUGCCGCCGUUAGCUCCCUACUGAACAUGGCGUGUGGGUUGGAUCAAAAGCACCGAACGCGUUUGUACGAAACGGCGGCAAAGUGGGCGGUUCUCAAUGAUAUGGAGAUUAUUUACUAUCGCGCGCUCCUGGGUCAGUAUAAACCUUUUCCGCAAGCUGAAUUCUUUGCCCGGGAACGUCCCCUUUUGCUUCACCGGGUAUUUGAGUGUUUAUUGAAUGACGAUUACCACACCCAGCAAUGCGCGAAUGUGGUGCUCUUAAAAGAAGUUAUCGCCGCCGUUUCUCGUGCGCAGGCCACGCAAGUCCACGGAGAUCCGACGGAGGAUCCGAUGAAAACCCUCUGCCUCCCAUUCGCGAUGGCGUACUACCGUUUUCGAGUGGGUGAGGCGUUUUGGAAGCACUUUUUCAAUUUACUUUGCAUGCCUCCCCUUCCCGCACCGGAACCGGAACCGGGGCCUGGGGAAUCGGGAACGCAUUCCACCCAUCCAAUGCUGGAGAUUGGACGUACCCCAGGCUACAUCCUGGAUGCCGUUGGGCGGAGCAUGUUGCUGCAUCAUUUAAUCGUGUUCGCGGAUACGCGGGAGCGGGAGAUUGAUACGGGCGCCGUCGCCACGCGCGUGAAACGGCUGAAAGCCCGCGGCGAGGAGGUGCACCCUUCUAGCUACGAUCACGUGCUGAACAACAAAGAGAUGCGGGUUGCCGUCGCGCGGAUGCGGGAGCUGCUCGUUGUGGCGAAUUUGCUACGCGGGGAUUCGAAGGAGCGGAUCGGCGAUGGCGACGUGGCGGGAAAGUCGGAAUCGUUGGACGUCAACGAAGCGGAACGCACGCGGCUCGCGUCGUCUGCUGUUGGCGUCGACUCGCCGGGAGCUACGGGUGGAUCGCUGAAGUAG